AUGGAUGAUUCCGUUGUGGGUCGUCAUGAAACAGACCCGUCAUGGUUUACAUACAUCGGCAAUCUUAUCAUUCCUGCCGACGUCUCACAAGGGAAGGAUUUUGGAGGCGAUUCCUUGGUGGCCAUGAACAAUUUCCUGGAGAGUGGUUCGCCACCAGUGUAUGUAGGAUGGGGCUCCGUCAAGUGCGGAUCGGCAAAGGAGAUGACCCUCUUGGCUCUCCGAGCCAUAAAGAUAUCACAACAAAGAGGGAUCGUGUUGGGCGGUUGGGCGGAGUUGGGACUGAGCGCCAUCGACGGCGAAGAGGACGAGGCGCCCCUCCGUUCUUUUUGUAUUCAAAACGUCCUUUUUAUGGAGACAGCCCCGCACGAGCACCUAUUUAAACGGUGUUCUGUGAUAGUCCAUCAUGGAGGCAUCGGAACUACCGUCGCAUCACUCCGCUCUGGGAAACCGACUAUUGUGACUCCCAUUCUGUAUGAUCAGUUUGAUUCAGCGAAGUCUGUGUCGGAUCUUGGAGUUGGUGUCGAGGCACCGCACUUAAAGAAAAUCAAGCCAUCCAUGCUCGGUGACUACAUUAUAUCGUGCUUAUCGGAUGAAAAAGUUCAAGCUCGCGCAGCAGAGGUCGCGACGCUCUUGUCAAAGCGCGAUGGUGUUGCCGAUGGUGUGUCUUUCGUUAAGAAGUUACUCCGCAAGGUAGAGGGUGGUGAUUACUGGCUGAAGUACAACGCGUGGAAGGCCACAAAAUAG